GAUGCAGGUUCCUGCCAUCCACCCCGUGCUGGGUGACCUGUUCAGGAUUGUCAAUAGAGAGGAUGCUGUCCCUGGCUUCUGGCCCUGGCAGGAGUCCCUGCAGGACAAAACCGGCUUCCACUUCUGCGAGACCUGGGUAGUCACUGCUGCCCACUGCGGAGUCAAGACAUCCGACCUGGUGGUGGCUGGAGAGUUUGACCAGGGCUCCGAUGAGGAGAACGUCCAGGUCAUCAAGAUCGCAAAGGUUUUCAAGAACCCCAAGUUCAGCAUGCUGACUGUCCGCAAUGACAUCACCCUGCUGAAGCUGGCCACGCCUGCCCGCUUCUCCCAGACUGUGUCUGCUGUGUGCCUGCCUGACGCUGAUGACGAUUUCUCUGCUGGGACACAGAGUGUCACCACUGGCUGGGGCAAGACCAGUCACAUUAAUAGCAAGCCAGUCUGGUUGGGAAAUGAGUGCUGUGGGCUGUGGUGCUGACCACCCAUCCUGCCC